UCAAAUCUGACAGAUGGAAAAUGGCGUCUCCGAACUCUCCGAUGUUAUGCGGUGUUUAUUUUUAUUUAUAUCCGUAAAAACUCGAGUUAUACUACAACAAUAAUGAUAAUAUUUGUGUAGUGCCGGUAAUAAGUAACGUGUGUACCGCCAUGGCUACUACUUCAGAGGUUCCGGCUUCGACUUAUAUCGAUAGUUCGUCCGACGACGAGUGUUUAUCUUUAGUGAAACGAAAAGCUGAAAUCGCUGAAGAAAGUAAUAAAAACUGUAAAUAUGAGGAGGAUAGUGAUGAUGAUCCUAUCAUGGCCGGGGUCCUGGUGACCGUAGAAGUCGAGGAAAUGGACGAGGACUGUCCUUUAGAGUUCAACAAAAAUGACAGACUCAAAAAACCGAAAAGAAGAAAAAAGUCAAAAGAAAUUGAGAAGAAAGUGAAAAAGUCUAGAAGAUUCCGAUGUACAGCCUGUGAUGCUGAGUUUGACACCUCUGCUGACCUUAAAACUCAUGGACUGGAACAUCAGGUUAAAACAAGGCACAAAUGCGAGAUUUGCGGUCGCUACUUCAAGAAGGCGUUCAGUCUGCGGAUGCACUCCAAGGUGCACAUGGAGAAGGCAGCUCCACAGUGUCCUCUGUGCGGCCUCAAGUUUAAUAAUAAGAAUUAUUUGGCUCGACACAUGUCUACGCACGAAAGAACGGAAGAAUGUGAGAUAUGUCAAGCGAAGUUUCAUACAAAAUCUCAGCUCAAGAACCAUACGAAACAAGCACAUUCUAAGAGGAAAUUAGUACCAGAGACUACAACGAAACCAUCCCACAACAGAGAAACCAACCAAAUUUCCUCAGCGGACGGCGAAAACACACAAUCAGACAACGAUUUAAAAACAACUGAAGAACCACCAUUUUUAUAUAACCAGUACGAAAACCUAAAACGCGAGGAUCUUAACCAUUCUACUCAAUGUGCCAUCGUUAGCAAAAUGCAUAAGGGACGAUCAGUUUCUGAUGUUUGUAGACUAUAUAAACUAACACCGGAGAUAGUCAACGAAAUUUGGGAAGACAGAGAAAAGUAUGCUUUACCUAAAAAGGUAGGUAAACGUACUACUAGGUAUAUGAAUAGUGUUUUAGAUACAAGAAUAGUGGACUGGUUCCAUUCCCAAAGGGCCAAUGAUGUUCAGGUUUCAGGUAAAAUGCUACAAGAUAUAGCCGAAUCGUUUGCCAAAGAAAGCGGUUUUGUAGCUUUUAAUGGCAGCAAAAAAUGGUUAGACAGGUUUAAAAAAAGAUAUAAUAUAAGUCUUAGGGGAACCCCUUGUAAAAGGGAUUAUCAUAAUCAGAUGGAAUCUAAGUGGAAGAAUCAUUUUUUUAGAGAGCAAUGGAGCGAUGCUAGGUUAGGGAUACCGGAUGAGGAUAUUUAUACAGCUGAUGAAUUUGGCUUUUACUACAAUCCUUCUAAAGGUCGAAUAAAAAAGUUAGCAGGCAAAAAGUAUAUACAAGGUUACGUCAAAGAUAGGUUAUCUGUGUUCCUCUGCGCGAACAUGCCGGGGACAGAUAAGAAAAAAUUGCUAGUCUGUGGUACGGAAGAUCCCCUUUUACAUUCGUUCAGAAAUCCAAAUACUUUACCAGUUACUUAUAUUAGGCAUUCUCAAGCCCAUUUCACGACGCAAAUGUUUGAAGAAUAUGUUAAAUUUUGGAAUAGAGAACUUAAAUUAAAAAAUCGGAAGGCAAUAUUAGUGUUAGACAGAGCAACUAUACAUUCUAAACUUCAGUUGUCACAUCUAAAAUUAGUUUUCGUACCCUGGAAAGCUUCUAACGGCUUAAUACCUAUGAAAAAUGGAGUUUCAGCGAAAUUUCGCGAGGAGUUUCGCAGAUUAAUUUUAGAGGAAAAGGCUAUCAAUGUUCUAAGAGGCGUUGAUAGGAAUUUAACUUGCUUAGAAGCUCUAAGUAUGCUAGAAAAAGCUUGGGAAAGAACGCCACCGGAAGCUAUAACGAAAAGUUUUAUAGACACCGGUUAUGACGUUUCAGUACCAGAAACUGUCAGUUCAAUAGACAAACCGAAAGUUUAUGAAAACGACGAAGAAAUUCUAGCUAAUAUGUUAAAAGAUUAUGAUGUAGAAUCUUAUUUUACGAAUUUAAGCAAUUUAGAUCAGUAUUUGACUGUUGACGAAGAAUUGGUUACCGGCCAAGGGACUAACGGAUCGGUUUUUGGCGGGAAUCAUAAAGUGACAGAUGUCAUAAAUGGCGCGGAGAAAGAAAAGGAGGAUUUAAUGCCUCUAGCCACAGAUAAACCAGAGUCAGAUGAAAAGGAGGUUCUAGUUAAAAAGUCUAGGGCGUUACAAGAUUUGGAUAUAGUGAGAAAAUAUUUGCAAUCAAAUGCUACAUCUUAUGAUACAUUUUGUUGUUUCAUGGAAAUUGAGAAAUUCGUUAUGCAAACUGUUAUUGGUUGACGUUUUGUUAUUUUUAACCGACUUCGAAAAAAGGAGGUUCUCAAGUCUGUUUUUUAACAGUAAAAAUUAACUAUGGUACAAAGAAAUUUAUGGAUCAUGCAAUUUUUUUAAUCUAUUGUUUUUGCUUAAGCGUAGUUUUAAAGUGGUUUUUGCCGCUAAAGUUGUAAUAAAUAAAGUCAAAUUAAAUCAAUUAUUGGGCUUAUAUGAAAAAACUUCUUUCGACCUAGUCAAAUCGAUAAUCUAAUUCUUAAAAAUAGGUACGAGUUACCUAAAAUAUCUUGAUCUAAAUUUUUUUAAUGAAAUAUUUAAAAAUCUCUUUCCUUCCUCUAUUUUUUAAGGGAAUUGAGAAUAAAUUACGUACAUAAUUAUCCAAACUAAUAUUAUAAAUGCGAAAGUAACUCUGUCUGUCUGUCUGUCUGUCUGUCUUUUCUUCACGCCUAAAAUACUGAACCGAUUUGUGUGAAAUUUGGUACAGACAUAGUUUGAAACUUGA